GAAAGCUCCGGGAAAGUUUCUUUGGAGGUCUGGCUGGGAGCGGCCAUGUCCCACGGCCCCAAGCAGCCCGGCGCGGCCGCCGCGCCGGCGGGCGGCAAGGCUCCGGGCCAGCAUGGGGGCUUCGUGAUGGCCGUCAAGCAAGAGCGCGGCGAGGGCCCGCGAGCCGGAGAGAAGGGGCCCCACGAGGAAGAGCCCGUGAAGAAGCGCGGCUGGCCUAAAGGCAAGAAGAGGAAGAAGAUUCUGCCUAACGGGCCCAAGGCACCGGUCACGGGUUACGUGCGUUUCCUGAAUGAGCGACGGGAGCAGAUCCGCACGCGCCAUCCGGAUCUGCCCUUCCCGGAGAUCACCAAGAUGCUGGGCGCCGAGUGGAGCAAGCUGCAGCCAGCGGAGAAGCAGAGGUACCUGGACGAGGCGGAGCGGGAGAAGCAGCAGUACAUGAAAGAGCUGCGGGCGUACCAGCAGUCGGAGGCCUACAAGAUGUGCACGGAGAAGAUGCAGGAAAAGAAGAUCAAGAAAGGUGGGAAGGGCCCCGGCCUCAAGGCAGUCCAGUGCUGCUCUUCAGAGGACUCGGGCUCAGGGCUCAUGAACACCCUGUUGAACGGACACAAGGGUGGGGACUGCGACGGCUUCUCCACCUUCGAUGUCCCCAUCUUCACUGAAGAGUUCUUGGACCAAAACAAAGCGCGGGAGGCGGAGCUGCGGCGCCUGCGGAAGAUGAACGUGGCCUUCGAGGAGCAGAACGCCGUGCUGCAGCGGCACACGCAGAGCAUGAACAGCGCCCGCGAGCGCCUGGAGCAAGAGCUGGCGCUGGAGGAGCGGCGGACGCUGGCGCUGCAGCAGCAGCUCCAGGCCGUGCGCCAGGCGCUCACCGCCAGCUUCGCCUCGCUGCCCGUGCCCGGCACCGGCGAGACGCCCACGCUUAGCACCCUGGACUUCUACAUGGCGCGGCUGCACGACGCCAUCGAGCGCGACCCUGCCCGGCAUGAGAAGCUCAUCGUCCGCAUUAAGGAGAUCCUGGCCCAGGUUGCCAGCGAACACCUGUGAGGGUGUCGGCCGCACGGAUCCCCAGAAGACCAAGCCCUGGGCCCAACCCUCUCCCUACUCUGUCGCAUGGAGGAGGGGCCAAGGGUCUGCCCUUUGGGGCCAGCCUAAUCCUGCACCUUGGGGCUCCAGCCCCCCCAAAUUAAUCUACAGCAUCCCCUAGCUUUUAACCUCCACAGCACCCCCAGCCCAGGAAAAGCACACACCCAACCCACGGCCACAGGUACCCAGAGAGGUCCGCACGCCUCACGGUCCGCCACACACUACAAGGA